AUGAAAGAUGGAUGUUCAUGUGGAACACAAAGAGAUUGUAUUGAUUCAGGAGGAAUUCAUUAUAGUUUAAAUAAUAUUAAAGUAUCUGAAGUAUUUGCAAUACCUAGAUGGAAUAUUGAAUGUUCAGUUGUGGAAACAUUAUUGCAGUCAACAUUUAAAUGUUUAUAUAAUCAAACAUAUAUUGAUUUAUUAUUAUAUUAUGCCACAAGUGUUUACGAUCAAUACACAAAUACAUUGAUUCAAACUAUAGCAGAUGAACUAUUUAUUGAAGAAUGGAAAACUAAUAGUUACUAUUCAUCCUUUUAUAAUCAAUGUGCUCCUGAUUAUUGUUCUUAUAAAACUCAAAAAGAUGAUUAUGCUAUUUAUAUUAUAUCACAAGUUUUAGACUUAUAUGGAGGAUUUACUGUUUCUUUACGAUAUAUUAUUUCAAUUAUUACUAAAAUAAUAUUUAAUAAUAUUAAACGAUGUCAAAAUAAUAGAAUUAUUCCUAAUGAAUAA